GUCCUAAAUACUGUGGACCACCGGCUCCUUCGCUGAGGACAUGAAAGUUGCCGUUCACAUAACAGAUGGCCCGAGAGAACACUGAUAACUAUUCAGUGUUUGUUCACACUGGUGGGUGUGUUUUACACCAAAAUAUGUUGGCAUGGUUGUUUCACUUGGCACACAGAGAAGCCUCUGUAACAAAGACAUGGGCAACACUCAGGUUCAGCCUCCAGAGGAAGCCUUCUGCGACCUGAACACACAUCAAGGUUUACCGGUGGUCCAGCUCUACGUGAUGCCGUCCGUUUUCCUGGCGGUGUUGAUCCUCGGGCUUCCCCUCAACCUGCUCUCCCUCUGGGUUUUCUUCCAGCGGCUGCGGCGCUGGACCCGCAGCACGGUGUUCCUCUUCAACCUGACCCUGGCUGACACCUCGUGGCUGCUGGCCUUGCCUUACCUCAUCAACUACCAUCUGGACCAGCUGUACUGGAAGCUGGGGCUGCCGCUCUGCAGGGUCGUGAGGAUGUUCUACCACAACUACUUCUACCUCAGCAUCUUCUUCGUCACCUGCAUCAGUGUGGACCGUUACCUGGCCAUCGUGCACCCGCUGCGCUCUCUGGUGCUGCUGGGCCGGAGGCAGACCUGCCUGCUGUGUGUGGCGGUCUGGGUGGCCACUCUGGUCCUCAGCAUACCCGUUGCCAGUAUGACUCUGAUCCAGACGUGCCCUGGGAGCAACCGCACCGUCUGUACCCUGUACAUACUGCUCAGUGACACCGGGGAGAGCCUCCCCUAUUCCCUCUUUUGCACCAUCAUCGGCUUCCUCUUCCCGCUGCUCUCCAUCUGCUACUGCGGCCUGCGCAGUGUCAGAGAGCUGCGCCACCGGCCGUGCCGCCCCGACCGGCACAACAAGCAGCGGCGGCUCCGGCGGGUCCUGAGCACAGCGCUGGUUCUCUUUGCCUUGUUUUACCUGCCGUACCACCUGAGCCGGAACGCCGCUAUCGUGAUGCGGGCAGUCUACCCUCACAACCCCGCCUCCUGGCGGCACGCAGACCUGGCCUUCGCCCUGGAGAUGUGCUUCUGCAGCCUCAUCACCUGCGUUAACCCUCUGUUCAGCUGCUUCAUAGGCCGCCAGUUCAGGAAGGAGUUUCACUGCACUUUUGCUGCCAUGUUUUCCCAGUGUCCAGGCACGCAGGUGGCGUCAGUGAUAUCUAAGCGGACCCGGGUGACGGUGAAGACACGGCAGGGGAUGGCUACUGUCACACCUGUGUGCACACUGCCUCCAGCUAGAUCCUAAUGAGCUGUAGAAAUGUCAAUUAAAAAUCUUCUUUGUCUAGUACUUGUGUCAAACAGCAUUACACUGUAUAGAGCCUUUUAUGUCGUUUGUUUAAUCACCUGUGUUCAAGAUAAAUACACUAUGAUUUCCAGUCUCCUUUAUUUCAUUUCAUCUCAUGUGUUGAGGUUUGGUCUCCUUAACUUCCUGACACAACACUGCCUCUGCGUGGUUGACUGCUUACUGUACUUUACAGUCUGGUUCCACAUGCGUGAAUAGCAUUUUUUUUUCUUUUAUUCAGUGAAAAAUAGUAGAAUCCCCUGUUUAUUCAAUUUAGUGAAAACAAAUCUUUCUGCAUAUUUGUCCUGAAGCUGUAACACUGUCUGUAGUGUAGGUUAAACCAAAACCGGGAAAUAACCGGAUGUAGAGGGUAGAGGGGGGAUCAUUGCUUUGUGCCUGCUGCAGCAAGUGAUUUAUAAGUGGUCGGAGCUCAUCCUGAAAUCCCUUUCUAUUAGAUGUAAGUGAAGGAGAGAGGUUGUGCAAUUGGCAUUAGUCGCCGUCGACAGGUUUUGAAGUAGUAAUUGAAUUAGAGGAGGGGCGCUGCUCGGAGCUGCUGACAGGUAGAUGAGCUGCGCGCUGUCCGCGGUGCUGAAACCUCCUCCGGCUGCUGCCUCACCGGAGAUCCUCACCUCAGAUUAGACCGGAGCUCCGCUAACCUGCACCGGCUGAAGGUCCUCACCUUUUCCACGUCGAGUUCUCAAAGAAUACUGAAAAAAAAAAACUUCAACUUUUUAUUUUCUGUUUGGCUGUUUCCUAAUC